GCUGGUCAGGUUGAUGUUACACAUUGCGAACGUCUAAAUACGAAAGUUGAAGCCGUGUGUCUCACGGCUACUUUCGCCUCCCAUGGACUUCUUCCCGCAUUGUCCCGCGCAGAGAUGUUCAAGUUCACACUUUGUACGUCUGUGAUAUCAACUGGUAAUACUUGGUAUGUUGCAAGAGAAGAAGAGACGCAAGAGGAGACAGCGUUGCGGGAAAGAGGACACGCCGGCCCUGAUGCAGCCACCACGCCAGGACGACGUUCUAUACCGCCCACAGAAGACGAGCAGCAACGGCUGUCACGAGCCGAGCUCGAAUGAGUCGAACGGCUCUGACCCCGACUGGGCGAACAGGUCGACGCACCCGCCCCCGACGAACGGAACCGCUCGCUCUCCACCCGACACCCAUGGUUGUUCCCCGCCGCAGAUGCCUCCACUCCAUGGUGAAGCACCCAGCGAUGCACAAGAGCUCGUCUCGCCGAAGCGUCUACUCAUCCCUGGGCCUGAAGAUUCGAACGUCGAGCCCAAGCGGUCACGCGUCGACAGCACUAGCAGGCGCAUAUCUUCUCCUUCUGCGUAG